AUGGAAUUCAAUACUUUUGAUUCGAUUAUUACAGUUGACACUAUACCAAACAAUCUUAAAAAUUGUUCAAUUAAGACCGAACAAUCCGAAUGUUCUAUUCAAGUAAUAUGGAUACAAAAUCCAAAUCAAACUCGAAUAGCACUUGUAGGCGGUGGUGAAAAAAGAACAGAAUCCGAUGAACACAAUCUCAAAAAUGAUAUUCUAUUAAAAAAUGACGGUAUUAAAACGCAAUGGACGAAUACUAUUUUGUAUGUAUGUUCUACUGAAAACUGCAAUAGUCCAUCAACGUUAAAACAUCUAUUAAGAUCAUUAACAUCAAAAGAUAAUUUCAAUGAAUUUUCAUAUCUUCUUGUAAUGAAUGAACAUUUUAAUGGUACAUUAUGUUUCUUUUAUGCCAAUAGUAGUGUAUCAUGCGAAACUGAAAUAGAUCCAAACACUUGUAAACAAUGUACAACUGAAGAAUAUAUUCAAACGAAACCAUUAGAAAUAUGUUCAAACUGUAUUAUGGAUGACGUUAUUGAAAAUUUUAUUACAUAUGAAGUUAAAUUUUUUAUGAAUAAUCGAGAACGUCAUGAUUUUUGGAUGAUUGAAUGUCAAUUACCAAAUUUAGGCAACUAA